AUGACGUCCGCGAAGACUACGCAGAUGUACGGCCGCAUCGCAUUAGGCGAUUUAACGCCCAAUCAAAUAUCAAAAUGGACUGUUCGUGCUGUAGCUGGAAGCUCACAUCAGUACGAGCGUCCGCAGCUUCAGAGUGAUGCGUCAAGUAGCUUCAAGUCUUCGGACGUGGCUACUACUGCACGACGCCUCCAAAUAGCGGCGUUAGACGAGCGACUGAGUGCUUGUCUUCGCUGUGGGACAUGUGAUAUCUCAUCAUUUGCGUCACUGAAUGAGCAGUAUACGCACUUCAAGUCAGCAGCACAUUGUGUAAACCUUAAACGUCGAGCUCGUGGUCUACCGAGUCUGUCGGAGGAGGACGCGCUCCAGUAUCAAGAGAAACACAAUAAGGAAAAGCGGAAAUGUAAAGACAAUAUGUACAGGGGCUACGUGUCGUCUUCGUCUUCUUCUUCGUGGUCAGAAGAAGAGAAUAAUGAAGUCAAGGUCGUUGCAACAUCAGAGCCAGUGGUUGAGUUCUCGGAUGGCAAGAGCGUGUUUAAGGUGUUUAAGAAUAUUUUACCGGAUGCUGAAGAGGAGACUUUUAAUCCGUAUACGUCUCUAGAUAAGAUUUGUGCGUCCAAGUUUCGUUGGGCAGUGUUUCUACUACGUAGUGGUCGAUUUGCUGGUGCUGUGUUUGAUAAAGAUAAAUCGUUGUGUCACAAGACCUUCCAGCGGUAUACGACGAGACGGAAGCAGGGUGGCGCCCAGUCUGCUAGUGACGCGAGUGGCAAGGCAAAAUCUGCUGGAGCUACUCUGCGACGGUAUAAUGAAGCAGCUUUGAAGCAAGACGUGGCAAUGCUGCUCAUAGAGUGGAAGGAUGUACUGAAAGAUGCAGAGCUUAUUUUCCUGUCGAGUGGAAAAACAGAGCGCGCAACUUUUUUUCCGGAGAAGAAUGCAGUGCUGCAACCAGACGACAAAAGGUUGAAGAGGAUUCCCUUUGCUACAUUCCGACCGACUUUCGAAGAGGUGUGCCGAGUGCGUUCCGACCUCAGCAGCGUCCGGUUCUCACCCCUUGAAGCAGCAACAAUGUCUACUGUCGACAACACCAAGAAACCGAAAAAGAAGAAAAAUAUUAACGAAGUGGCAUCCGAAGUUGAAACCGACAGUAUUCAGGAAAACGUGGAGGAGGAAGAGGUCCCUCGCAUUGUUCAGCUGGUAAAUGAUGGCGACUUGAAUGGUAUUACGGAGCUGCUGUCCAAUGCCGAAGAAAAGGAGAUCACAGUGAACGAGGUAGAUGCCAAGUUUAUGACAGCGCUUCACCACGCUGCUGCAAAGGAUGCUGUGUCGUUGGUGGAGUAUCUGUUAGAACAAGGGGCCAAUCCAGCCCUUUUGGACCUUCGUAAUCGACCUCCGUACUUCCUGUGCAGCUUGAAAGAGACUCGAAAUGCGUUUCGUAGAUAUAUGGGUGAGCACCCAGAUAUGUGGGAUUACGCAAUAGCGCAAAUUCCCGAAGGGCUUACGAGUGAUAUGGAGCAGCGCAAAAAGGAAAAGGAAGCUGAAAAACGAAAGCGAGCCCGAGAACGCAAGAAACAGCAAAAAAAGGAAGCAGCCGAUCAAAAGCGAGAGGAAGCUGCACAUCAGGAAGAGUUGGAGCUCAAGAUCGCAGCAGGUCUGGCUUGUGAUUUCUGUGGCAAGUAUGCUGGAAAGUCUCCAUUUACUCGCUUAGAGUUUAAGUACUGCUCGACGAACUGUGUCAAUGGACACAAGCGUAAGCUGAUGAGUGAGGCAGCUCUGCGUCGACUCGGGGGUUGA